AUGCAGACGUCACUUGCGGACGCGUUGGACUCGUGGGUGUCCGCGGAAGAAGCCGCGAAGGGGGAGGCCUUGAGGAUAAACCAAGAAAACUUGCUUCAGGAGACUGUGUUCUCCCAGAUGAGUGAGGCCCUGGGCAGCGACGACGUGAAGAGGCAGACCGGGUGUGCCAAAUUAUUGGCAGAGCUCCUCAAGUCUCAAAAUGCACGCGAGACGAUCCUAGAUCGCCGUCCGGACAUUCCCUCGCAGUUGUUGUCGUGCAUGAGCGCCGAGAAGGCCGAAUUGGCCGUGCAUUCCUGCAGGGCCUUGGCCAACCUCUGUUAUGAAUCCGAUGCUGGGAGAAGAACUGUUUUGGACCAUGGAGGGGGGGAGAAAGUCUUAGAUGUGUUGAGAAAGAGUCUCGGCUGCUCAUCUCCAGAUUCCAGGAUGCUUCGUAGUGCAGUUACGGGGUUCAUCCUCAAUCUCAUCAAUGACUAUGAGCCUUCUCAGAAUAAAGUUCUGGAACUUGGAGUUUUGGACAUUCUGCUGCAAUAUCUUUCUAUGCAUCAAGAUGAAGUGGACUCCACAAUACACAUCCUUACUGUCCUCUCUUGUGUGGCGGAUUCAGAAGAGGGGAGGGGUCUUUUGACUCGAAUGGAUCUCUUACAGCCCUUGUCACAAUUGCUUGCUGCUGCUGAAUCAGCGGAAGUGCUAGAAUUGUCAUUGGAACUUCUCAACUCAAUUUUAGACAAAGACUCUGAGGGCUUGGCAGAGACUAAAGCCAACAUUUGCAAAGCACUUAUCUCACUCCUGGAGCGUAUCCCUUCAUCAAAGCGAGAAGAGGAUCACUCUUGGCAGAAUGUCCUCAGUACCUCCUCUGAUCUUCUUGUACUUACCCUUAAUGAAGAUGAAUGUGCUGAGGUGCUGUAUCAGGAUGGAAUGGGGGAACAUUUCUUGAAGUUGAAGUCCUGGCUUGAUGUCCCAGGACUCCAGGCCACAGCUGCUCUAGCCAUGGCGAACUUCACACGAAAUGACAAGAGCAGCAUUGAGAUGCUGGAGAUGAGUGUGGGUCAGUCCAUUUUGAAGGUCCUGAAGUCUAUCAAGGCAGAUGAGCACGAUCUCCCUCUCCUUCAUGCUUGUCUUGGAACACUCAGGAACCUGGCAAUCCCUAAAGAAAACAAGAGGAAGCUGUGGGAUUAUGGACUACUUCAGGCCUUGCUUCCACUGAAGGACAUCCAGGCCUUUCCUGUUGUUUUCAAGCUGCUUGGAACACUUCGUCUUGCCAUCCAUGGUCAAAAGGAGGGAGCUAUGGCCCUGGGGAAGGAGAAUGGGUUGCUCCGGCAGGUGGUCUCUUGGGGGAAGCAGGACCAGCAUCCCGGUGUGCAAGCUGAAGCUUCCCGGCUCCUUGCUGCCAUCUUGCGCCAUUCCAUGGAGAAGGAGACAGCAGAGAGGCUGAAGGCCAUCCCAGGAGUGUUUGAGGUCCUGCUGGAAAUGGUGGAAUCAGAGCAUGUGCUGAUGCAAGUGGAGGCCCUUGGGGCUUGCACCCUGGCUGCCACUUUUCUUGGUCCUGAGCUACCCCCUGAAUUCAUGCACACCUCCAACAGAGACAGACUCCAAGCUGUGCUCCUGGCAAGUGGCCGCCCCAGGGAGGUCACUGACAAUGUCCUUGCUUUCCUUGUGGCUCUCCUUAACAAAUCAAAAGAUCACCCUUUGAGCACUGAAGAUAAGGAGGCAUGGAAGGCAUCUCUUGAAGAGCCAUUGAAGGCCCUAUCCUCCUCUAUCCAUGCAGAGAAGGCUUCUCAACUCCUCACCUCUCUUUCAUUGAAUUGAUCAUCUUGUCAGGA